AUGGAGGGGUGGUGGGCCGCCACGCUGCGUCUGGUGCUUGCGUGGCCCUUGCCCGUGUCCGCGGCGCUUGUGCUGCUGCCCUGGGCCGCCACGACCAUCACCGCCAACCACUUUCGCAGCGCCAGCGCCAAGAACUGGAAGCGUAACCUGCAUAGGUGGCGCCAGGUGCUGCACAAGGUUCGGCCGCUGAGCUACUGCCUGGCGGGACUGGCCUCAGUCUUAGUGUGGUCCAGCCCUGACGACAGCCCGGAGCGGGCAGGCGCGCUGGUGACGUACGGUCUCGGGCUGGUGCUCAGUGUGAUGUGGUCGCCGCUCCUCUACGGCGCCAAGAUGGUCCACCUGGCCGCGCUCGACCGGGUGCUGGCCGGCUUCGCCUUCGCGCUGUCGGCCCUGCUCAUGACCUUCGUCACGCCGGUGGCGAGCGUGCUGCUGCUGCCGCAGCUCGUGGACGAGUGCAGCGGGGCCUACUGGAGCUGCUACCUCUGGUGGCUCAACCGACACCACAUCCACGGCAAGCACAACAAAAACAGCUUCGGCUACGCCAUCCUCGCCGAGGAGUGA